AAAUUCUUAUCUGUUGUAUACGAGCUGUUCUGUAUGUGUUGUUAUGUAUAUAAAUUUUGUAUAUAUUUUGCAAAAUAGUAGCGCAAGCUGCGCAAGUUUUCAUGCGCAAUGAAAACCUCGUAAGCCUGGUCGAUUGCGGUGUUCCACUUAGUUUUUCAGCUGAUCACGCUUUCCACGGGCGCAUCGCAGACGGAGCGUGUGUCAUGUACGAGAUUGUCGCAGCGUAGUAAGACGAGUGCCGUGUCUUGUGUAGUUGCUAGCUAGUGGCAGUGAAAAUGUUUUCAGGACUUACUAAUCAGGUCAGUUCUUGGAUGGGGGCGGCGAAGGGCGAGCCUCAAGAUGAAGAAGUACCCACCCCUACCAAAGAAGCGAUAGCGGAAGCUUCAGCGGACGGCGAAAAGCAAAGUCCAACCAAGGGGGGAAGCAAGCUGGAUCUCAUCACCAAUGUCAAAUCACAAAUGACGGGUUGGCUGGGUUCUGGUAUACCAAUACCCGGACUCAGGAAAAAUGAAGUACCGGCAGCAGAUGCGGCAGAACCCGUGCCAGUGGAGCCUGCUGAACCAGCAGAACCCAAGCCAGAGGGGAAAGACGAUGACGAUAAUUCUAGGUAUAAUAGUGCGACUGGAGGCGCCGACAGUCGGCCCGGCUCCACCGGCGGCACACCGACCGAAGAGCAACCAGCGGGCGUUGGUAACGUUUCAGGUCCACAGAGUAGUAAGUUGUUCACAGUAAACGCCAUCGAAGUGCCCGAUAUGCAAGAGUUGACCACCAAAGCCGUGGCCGGCGCCAAGUCGCUUGGCAACUUCCUGUACUCGGCGGUGAACAAAGCUGGUGCGAAGGUCAGCGAAGCCAGCGCCAAGAUCAAGAAGACCGUUGAGGAGAACAGCAUCCUGGGAGAGUUCAACCGUGAGCAGGACGCCUUUAUCAAGGGCCAGGCCGGCGGGGGCGGCGCCGCGGUGCCUCCGUGGGUAGGAGCCCCCAAUGAAGCCGCCCUCAAGGAGGAGUGCCUGUCUUUGUCCACUGACCGGAGGAACUUCGUGCGCGCUCCGCCCGCGGGCGUAGAGUUUGAGUUUGACUACGACAAGAUGUACCCGGUGGCGGUCGCCAUCAUGACCGAAGACAACAACCUCGAGAAGAUGCGCUUCGACCUCGUGCCCAAAGUAAUCACGGAGGAGAACUUCUGGCGAAACUACUUCUACCGCGUGUCGCUCAUCUGUCAGGCCAACGAGGCUGACGCGGCCGGCGGGCGCCAGUACAGCGCUGAUGAAUCCCAGGAUGUAAAAACAGCGAGCGACAAUCUGAUUGCAACAGAGAAAGCAUCCCAAGAGUCUAUAGAUGAUGCGAAGAAAAGGAUUAAAUCGCUAAAAGUUGAUAGAGACAACGAUGACGAACAAUGGGAGAAAGAGUUGGACGCUGAACUGAAAGAGUACGAAGUAGUGGCGGAAAAGAGUGGAGAUGACAAAUGGGAGAAGGAAUGUGAAGACCUGCUCGGUGAUGAAGUGGAUCUCAAGUGAAGUGGUGAAACAUUGCUGAAUUGAUAUCACUAGACAUGAUGUUUGGAUUGCACUUAGAGUUCUUUUCCAUUAGGAUAAGUUUCUAUUUUGGAUUAAAAAUAAUCGUUUGCUUUUCGGCAUUUUGUCUUUAAAUUGCAAAGAAAAUGUACAUGAUUUUUUUAAAAUAUCAAGUUUUGCAAAAUGCAAAGUUACAAGUAAUUUACCAAAAAGAGGUUUUCUGCAAACAUCUUGGAAGUAAUUGAGAUAAAAAUGUGAAAAAAAUCAAAAUGCGACGAAAUUUCUAAAGGAAUCACCGUUUCUUGGACCUCGAACUAUUACGAGGAAAUCCUUAGUGUAGAAGAACUCUUAGUUAAACUAAGAUUUUGAUUAUAAUUCGUAAAACUUUACAUGUUAAAUGCUUGUCUUUUAUAAAUAUUGCUUAAUUUUAGCCGUCAAUUACCUACUAAGUUUGUAAAUAUGUCUAUUUAAAUAUAUAUUAAUAUUAAUAAUUAAUUAUUGUUGUUGUGGUCGUUGAGCUGUUUAUCAUUAAUAAUGAUAAUGAUUAUUUUUCGUAUUUUGAACGUCAUGUAUAAAUGUUUAGAGAUGUAAAAAGAAGUUGAAUUGUUCAAAACGAAAAUUGCUUAUGCUCUGAUAUAGUAUAUUAUGUAAAUUAUUUUCACCUGGCACUUAAACACUUAUGUCGAGGUGUCAGGACAAUAUAAUCAAGAUAUAGCACAUACAUUAUCAGUACUAUUACUGUUUCAAAGGGUAGCCUUAUAUUUUUGGUUGGUUCUAUUAGAGUUACUAGUAUGACUUGUGUUUUUUUGCACCAUUUUGCUGCCUUCGUUCGCUAUCCAUUUUAAAUGCUGUUUAUAAAAAAAUUGCUAAUUGCUAAAAUGACAGGAUAAAACAUUGCAAUGACAAAUCAUUUGAAACUGAAAAUUAUAAUGAAAGCAAAUUAUUGUAAUAUAACAAAAAAAAAUAUUAGUUUUUUUUUAAUGUGUAUAAUUUUUAUUUUUAUGUGAUUCAUGUGUGGUGCAAUAUAGAAUUUGAUAUGCAGAAAGCUAUACGUUAACUAACUUUAAGGUCAUACAUUAUGUUUAAAUUAAUUUUAUUUGGCCUCUGUGGUGGUAAUAUGCGACCAAAAUGACGGGAAAUAGAGAAUAGUUGUUCCAGUCCCAUCUCUUUCGUCCCAACACAAUGAAAGAUAAUAAUCAGUUGAAAUUUGUCCAUUUUUCUUCGCGAUAUUAUCUUAUUGGUCGCAUGCUAGCGGCACUAAACUCAUGUAUACAUUGUGACUUCUCUUGAAGUUACGUGACGUCAUGCUGAAAUGUGACUUAAAAUGUCAUAUUGCGCUUAUUCAUAUGCAAACGCCUGCUGGACAUACCUUCUAUUUCAUUUUAGGAAGGCUCAUAGUUUGUCAUACAUAGGUUCAUAGAUUGUUUGUCAUUCAUAGGUUCAUGGAUAGUUUGUCUUACAUAGGUUCAUGGAUAGUUUGUCAUUCAUAGGUUCAUAGAUAGUUUGUCAUACAUAGGUUCAUAGAUAGUUUGUCAUACAUAGGUUCAUAGAUAGUUUGUCAUACAUAGGUUCAUAGAUAGUUUUUCAUACAUAGGUUCAUAGAUAGUUUGUCAUACAUAGGUUCAUAGAUAGUUUAUCAUACAUAUGUUUAUAUAUAGUUUGUCAUACAUAGGUUCAUAGACAGUUUGUCAUACAUAUGUUUAUAGAAAGUUUAUAAAAUGGGGUGUAUCUCUCUAGCAUAUCGCAAAUCGCAGGCUCUAUUUCUAAUAACUGAUUACUUACAAGAAUGAAAUGUGUUGAGGGUCUCAAAUAAAAAUAAUUUAAUCGUAAUUGUUUAUUUAAAUUUUAAAACAUUCCCAAAAAUGUCGUGUACGUUAUAAAAACAUUUCUGAAGUUUGAAA